UUGAACCUUUUUGUUUACUGUUUUCGCUGGCGGGCAGGAGUGAAAUUAAUUGAACGAAUUAGCGUGUAUUUUUGCUACUGCUCGUCCCGAAAAUGACUCAACAUGAUGCUGCAUCACAGUGUCGAGUUUGUGAUAAAGCGAUCCGCGCCCAGAAACCGGUACACAUUUUCUCGCCGCUCGUGGGAAAUGGGAAGGAAGCGGAUAUCAGCACGAAAAGCAUCGCCGAGAUGAUGAGCGAAUUGGCGGAUGUAACGAUCAGUCCCACUGAUGAACGAUCGAAGUACAUCUGCUCCGUUUGCUUAAAAGCGCUCGAGAAAGCCUUUCAACUACGUCAACAGAUACGAGCUGCCGAAAGGGCUGAGCCGACGCACUUGCAAUCGAUUCAGAUAGAAAACAUCGCCGAGCAGGACUACAGUUUGGAGUAUUUGGAUGAAUUUAAAGAUGAAAUCGAUAGCAGCGUUAUGCUGCUCCGGGAUACACUUACCGCCCUAUCCGACGAUCUUGGUGGUGAAAAUGAGCUUCCCGAAAAACAACCAACCGUUCGUGCACUGUCGGAGGUUGAAGAGGACGUCGAAGCGAUCGAACAGGGCAAAUUUACGUUCAUUGUGCCACCGCCGGACCUGAUCGCCAUUCGGAUUGCAUUUGAGCACUUUGAGUACUUGGAGCUACGUGGCGAACGGUGUUGCGGCUGUCCACACAUUGCUGCGUCUCGCGAUGCACUGAUGGUGCACGCAAAGGAAACGCACUCCCAAAACUAUUACCCCGACGAUAGUAGCUACACGUGCCCGAUGUGUUACCAAAAGUUUGCCACGGCCAGUGCACUGGAAAGCCACAACCAGUACUAUCUGUACAGUGAUGUGUUUCUGUGCAGCGUUUGUCGCAAUGCGUUCAACUGCCAGAACCGGCUCAUGGUGCAUCUACAGGGCAGCCAUCAGCUAGAACCGUCGCUUAAUGAUGGAGUGGAGAUUGGACCGGAGCAAAAUGAGACAGAACCACAUUUACAGGAAAAAACGUCCUCAUUAGCUAGGACCAAUUUACCACUAACAUUACCGGAAACAAAGUUUAUAAAAGAAACACGCGUUUAUCCACAGUAUCGACUGUACUGUCUCACCGCAGAACGGUGCUGUGCCUGUGGCGUCUAUGAAGAAUCGCUCGAACGGCACACCUCCGAAUGUCACGUGGAAAUGAGCGAGUCGGAAGCGGAUGGGCUGCCCCGGUGCAUCGUAUGUAGCCGUACCUUUCCCACCCACCAGGAGCAAAUCCUGCACGAGGAGGAGCGCAGAAAUACGAAGCAAAUUUACCAAUGUCGAAGGUGCGAAAAGCUUUUCGCUCGAAAGAAUCAACUUCUGAAGCACUUACAAACAGCAGAGUCCGGUUGCAAUGGCCAAGAGGGAAAGAUGGAAACGACCAUAAAGGAUGGCGAACAGGACGGCGUUUCAGGAAACUGCUUUUGCUGCUGCUUUGCACGCUGCAAGGAGGAGUACGCGAACGAACGGGAUCUGCUCGACCACGCCCGGACCGUGCACGGCGGAAGAAGAAAGGAGAAUGAAUGCAAGCUGCAGGAACGGUAUGGGACGGCAAUACCGGAACGGCACUGCUGUCCCAUCUGCCGGCGAACGUUCGACAGUGAGGAAAAGGUGCAGAAGCACCGCAGCUAUAAGCUUGCCCUGCCCAAGCAAACGUGCCGCCAGUGUGGCCGGGUGUUCAUGAAAGCGUCCGGGCUGCGGGAGCACCAGCUACGGGAACAUUUGAAUCUGCAGCUAGAGUUUGGGUGCGAAGUGUGCGGGAAGCAGUUUGUAAAUCGGGCCACGCUGAACAAACACCGCCGGGUGCACGAACCGUCCCGCAACUAUCCCUGCUCGGUCGAGGGCUGCGGGAUGCUGUUUCGCGACAAGCCGCUGAUGCAACGGCACUAUCGCAAUGUGCAUUCGGUGGUGCAGGCGUACGAAUGUCCGCACUGCCAGAAGCGCUUCCGGACGAAGGAGUCGCUCGAUAUACACGAGCGGAGUCAUACGGGCGAGCGACCGUUUGCGUGUCGGUACGAGGGGUGCAGCAAGGCGUACGCCCACGGCACCGAUCGGAAGCGGCACGAACGGUCGGCACACACGGGCGAGAAGCCCCACACGUGCACGGUUUGUGGGGCGGGAUUUUUGCGCCGGCGGGAGAUGCGGCUGCACCUGGAAAAGGUUCACGAAUGGCAGGAGAAAUACAACCCGCACACCUGCGACUUGGUGUCGACCGAGUUCAUCAGCUGCCCGUUCGCGACGUUCCAGAACUUGAUCGUCCGAUCGGCCGUACCGCCCCCGCUCGCUAGCACGACGCCGAUGUUGUGCUGGCGCGUCCGCACGUCAUGGUUCACGAUCGUGCCGUCCCGGCUGCCCGAGCACAGCACGUACGAGUUCCAGGCCAGCACGCCGACCCUGGCCGAAUGUCCGUUCAUCACCCGGAGCCGCUUCAUGUUCUCGCAGUCCCACAGCUCCACCGUGCCGGCGCUCGUGCCCACCGCCAAAAUACCCCAAACAUCCACCAUGCUGCGAAGACCGUCGAAGCGACGAAAAGUGUCCAACGUGGAGAAAGAAGAAACGGAAUUCACGCCAACGUUGGGUGAGCAGAAAUGCUGCAUCUGCUCCAAACAUCCGAAGGGCGAUUUGCUUGAACUUUCCACGGUUGUAGAAUCGGGCAGCUCCCUCACCAUUGCCACCGUUGUCGAACAGGUGGCCUCCAUCAAGGUUAACAAUGUCCAGAAGAGCAUUUGCGGUGGUUGUUGGACCAAAAUUCAGGCGGCCUACUCGAUACAGAAGGAAAUCCGCGGAUCAGAAUGUAUGGCACAGCAAGAUGUCGAAUGCGACAGUGCGGAAGAGGAAGAGAACGCGGAAAAUGCCAACUGUACCGAGCAGGACGAUCCGGACCCGCUUGUCGUAGAUGGCAUUGACGAGAGCGAAUAUUGCAUCGAAUAUCUGGAGGAACAGGAGGAAGAGCAGCAACCACCAGCAAAGGAAGAAGCCGCAGACAUUGAGAUUGAUGCAUGCUGCUCCGACGAGGAAGAGCACGAAGAGGUCCGAGUGGACGGUGGUAAGGUGACGCGUCAGUUCCAAAUGCCAAAUGAGGCCACGAUCGUGGCCGACGUGCUGCACGAGCAGUAUCGGAUGGUGGAGGUCACCGGGGAACGGUGCUGCGGGUGCAGCUUUGUCGCACGAUCACGCAAAGAGCUGCUGCAACACUCGGAAACGGUCCACUCGGUCGAGAUGACCGACCACGGCGACUACUGUCCGAUUUGUUUCUACAAAUUCUCCACCGAUCAGCAGCUCGAGCGCCACAUCGAUGAGUUUAAGCUGAACAAGAUGUACGUGUGUUUGCGCUGUAAUCGGUUCUACAACGUGAAGCGGAAGCUGUUUAACCACCUGCUCGAAUGUGGUGGCAUGGUUGAGGAGGUGGAUGUGCAGGCAAGCGGAACGAAAAAUGAUGAUGCACUUACGAUCGAAGCCCUAAAAGAGGAGGACGGGGACGAGGAGGAAGGGCUGGAGGAAGAUAGUCAGUAUGAGGAGUGUUACCUGCAGGAAGGCACGGACACGGACGAACAGCAAGAGCUGCACGCGGAGGACCGCCUACAGAACGCAACCGAUCCACGUGUGAUGCAUCGCUACAAAGCACUGUUCGAAGAGGUGCUGUCGAACGAAGAGCUUUACUGCCAGCUGAGCGAGAAGGAACUGAACGUGCAGGAUGUGCAGAUCGCGGAGCAGCUCGUGUUCGAAACGUUCAAGUACAUUCGGUUGCGCGGAUUGCGCUGUUGCGGGUGCUCCUACACCUGCAUGUCCAAGGCGCUGCUGAUUGAGCACAGCAAUCUGGCCCAUCCGCCCGAAGAUCCGUCGCAGCACGUUGAUGAGCAUUCGUGCGAGCUAUGCCGGGCGGAGUUUCAAAACACGCUGAAUCUCGUGAAGCAUAUCUGCUUCUUCACCACCCGGCAGCUGUUCCUGUGCACGGUGUGUGACGUUUCGUUUCUGAACAAGGAAAGCUUGCGGAACCACCAGCGCCACAACGAACGGCACCGCGAGCUGGAGAACUACAAGUUUGAGCAGGCCGGCAUCGAGCUCGACACAGCGGAAGGAUUUGUCGAGCUCGACCAGCCGGCCGUGGCGGAUGAGCUGCGGAAGCUGGUGGUGGAAAAGAUUAGCUACCGGCCGAAAGCGGUCACCUGCAUUCCCAUGCCGGACGAACGGUUCAUCCGGCGGAGGAAGGAGUACAACAACUACAGCGUCCUGGUCGUGGCUGGCGAGUAUUGCUGCGGGUGUGGCAGGUUCUUCGAUACGACUUCCGAGCUGCAGCAGCACGCCGAGCAGGAGCACUAUUUGCCGCUCAACUUUUGUGCCCGCACGUACGGCCACCAGUGCGAGAUCUGUUACGCCGUGUUUGAGCUCGAGCGGGGCUUCGCGGUGCACCGGUCGAUGAGUCGCUCCAAGCAAAAGACACUGUACCUCUGCAAACUCUGUGGGCUGCUGUUUUCGAAGAAGUUCUGCCUAGCGCGGCACAUGCAUUCGGCCCCGAACCACCUGUCGCGGCUGAUCGUUGAUGCAGCGGCUAAUGCAGACCGCACAGGGGAGGAGCACGAUGCGCCGGAGGAAGCAGACGCGGAACCGGGUCCACCCGAGGCAGCCGUAUCGGAUCCACGCGUGAAGGAAGCGCUACAGUUGCACCGGUCGGUGGAAGCGAAAGGGCUGCGAAAGGUCGGCCAUCUCGUCUGGUACCACUGCUGCUUUCCCAAGUGUCCGGAGACGUUCACGAGCGAAGCGGCCCUGCUGGAGCACGCCCAGGCCGAGCACUACGGGCAGCGGCGGGAAAACCAAAACGAGCGCCAGCAGGACACGAACGUGUGUCCCACCUGCUGCAAACCAUUCCAAACGCUGGCGAAACUGUACUGGCAUCGGGUGAAACGGUUCGUGCCGCGCGAGUAUAAGUGCAAACAGUGCGCCAGCACCUUCGACCGGUGGGUGCAGCUGAAGAUCCACGUGGAGCAGGAGCACAGCGCCACGCCGCCCAGCUUCGAGUGUGCCGAGUGCGGCAAAUCGUUCGUGCUGCGGGCGAGACUGGUCGCCCACCAGAAGACGCACACCGACCGGAAGGACCACAAGUGCGACGUGUGCGGGUGUGCGUUCGUCAACAAGGGGCUGCUGAAGCGGCACCGGCGAGCUCUCCACGCCACCGAGCUGCUGUUUGAGUGUAAACUGUGCUCGAAAAAGUUUGCCGUGGUGGAGAAGCUAAAAAUUCACCAGCGCGUCCACACGGGCGAACGCCCCUACGAGUGUACGUUCUGCUCGCGCACCUUCAUACACUUUUCCGACCGGAAACGGCACGAGAUGGCAGCGCACACGAUGGAACGCCCGUACAAGUGCAAGCUCUGCCCGGCAUCGUACAUUCGCAACCGCGAGCUGAAUCUGCACAUGCAAAAGCACCAGUCGGAUGGAAAGGGGAAAACCCUUGUUAAAAGUAGGGGGGAAACUUGAACUGAGCAUGGAGAAGGAAAUCCAUUGAAUAAGUCAAUCGAAAAAAAGUCUAAUAAAACGGAUAUUUUGAAAUUG